AUGUUCCAAUGUACACUAUGCGAAAAGGCUUACCAAAGGAAAACUCAUUUAAUUCGCCAUGAAGCGACUCAUACACAGCAGCUCUCUUCCAGCUGCCCUUUGUGCAGCAAAUCAUUUCUAAAGCCUGAGGUUACUCGAAGACAUAUCAAAACCUGUGCAAAAAAGUUCAACCAACCUCCACCUCCUGCAGCCAAACCAGGCAGGAAAAGGCAGUCGUGUGAGCUAUGUUUCUUUGCCAAAGCAUCCUGCGACAGGAAUCUACCAUGCUCUCGCUGUCGCUCUCUUGGACGACAAUGCACUUUCGUGGGCCAAGAGACGCCUUCCCGAGAUUCCAGUUGCUCUGCGGUAGCCUCGGUCUCGCCUUCUAUAACCACAUCCCGAGUCACCCCGACAGACAGCGGAUCAUUUUCUUUUCUCCGACAUUUUGCCAAUCCAUCUUUCCAAAAGGACAGGCUGGCGAUCGGGGAGACGGCGAAGUGUUCUGUACGAAGGAACCUUGAAACACUCAAUUCCCAUAUUGAAGAUGCCCUCGUUCCCACUGAUCCUAUUUCGACUUUUGGUGGCGACUUCCAACUCACAAAUUUCCCUUUCCAAAUACCUUCGACUCUGCCCUCAUUUACAGAUGAUUAUCUACUUCAGUUCACCCCUGAUACGCUCUUCCCUUCAAAGCUUUCCAGCCAACUAUCCGAGAUUAUGACGGAAUUGGUCGACACUUCAAAGUCAAUGGGUCUGGGAAGCACAGGAACGCUAAAUGCUCUUGAUUUUAUGGAACUUUCUACUUUGUUGGGAGUUUCCAAUAUUUCGGCUUCUAUCUCUGCGUUCUUCCAUUCUCUUCACUGGCAUUUACCCGUAGUGCAUUUUCCAACAUUCGACCCAGGAAACAUCUCCAAUUCUCUUUUACUCUCAAUAUUUUUAUCGGGUGCCACAUAUACGAUUCCAUUAGAUGGAGGAGCCCUGCCAUCCGGUCUCUUCGAUGUCGCGGAGGAGUAUAUAUUUCGAAAGAUUGCUGACCUAUCAACACGCGCUUCACUGAAAGAUCCGUCCCACCUAUUAUCAACUGUACAGCUACUACAGAGUGCUCUUAUUAUUGAGAUGCUUCAAUUUGGACAAGACAAUAUGCAAACACGACGUCGCAUUCGCAUCGUCCGACAUCCAUGUCUGGUAUCAACCAUCCGAUCCCUGGGGAUUUUCCAGGUCAAGCGAGGAACCGCUCCCACCGUUUGUGAUGAUAGAACUUGGAGAAAUUUAGUGGCAGAGGAAGUGUGUAUACGAAUCGCUUGUUGGGUCUUCCUGGCGGAUGGAUUCCUCACGGUCUGCUUCAAAAACAACCCAUCAAUAUCGGUGUUUGAAAUGGACUGUCAUUUCCCUUGGAGUGCCGGGUUAUGGGAAGCCGAAAACGCCUCUUCAUUCAGCAGAAUUGCCAUGUCGCACUCAACAGAGCUCCCACUUCCUCCCCUGAAAGAUGUGGUCACGCAGUUACUAGAAACUCCUACAAGUAAAGACCCAAUACCAUGGGGUCUUUCAGUAUCAGUGGAGCAUCUCCUGAUUCUGAUCUAUGCCAUUAACUCGCUCGCAUUCCAAGCAAGAGCCGGCUUAGUAAGAUAUCUAUCGCUCGAUAGAAUACGCUGUGCGUCUGGUAAUUGGAGGCGCAUCUGGGAUUCUGUUAUUGGUCUCCUGGAUAAGGAUCAAUUCCUUCACCUUGGAUAUCCGAAACACGCUCAGGAGCUUUGGUGGUUGUUGAAUGCCACACUGAAUGCUACUGGUAAAUCUGAUGUCAGCCUUCGGUAUAUGGAUAACACUGCUACAGAUGACUUGGGGAAUUUGAAUGAAUUCAUUCAAUGGUGUCAUCAAAGUGCCCCAUAG